GCCGCGGGAAGCCACGGACGGCGCGGGCUGCUGGUCCCCGCGCGCAGGAGGCGCGGGCGGCCCUGAGGCCAUGGAGCCUGGUGACGCGGCGCGCCUCGGCCCGGGACGGGCGGCCCGGGCGCUGCCACCGCGGCUGCUGCUGCUGCCGCUGCUGCCACUGCUGCUGGGUCGGGGGCUGCGCGCCGCGGCCUCGGCCUCCACUGGGGCGGCGGCCGACGACAGCAGCGCCAUGGAGGAGCUCGCCACUGAGAAGGAGGCGGAGGAGAGCCACCGGCAAGACAGCGUGAGCCUGCUCACCUUCAUCCUGCUGCUCACGCUCACCAUCCUCACCAUCUGGCUCUUCAAGCACCGCCGGGUGCGCUUUCUGCACGAGACCGGGCUGGCCAUGAUCUACGGGCUCAUCGUUGGGGUGAUCCUGAGGUAUGGCACCCCUGCCACCAGUGGUCAUGACAAGUCGCUCAGCUGUACCCAGGAAGACAGGGCCUUCAGCACCUUAUUGGUGAAUGUCAGUGGGAAGUUCUUCGAAUACACCCUGAAAGGAGAAAUCAGCCCUGGCAAGAUCAACAGUGUGGAGCAGAAUGACAUGCUGAGGAAGGUAACAUUUGAUCCAGAGGUCUUCUUCAACAUCCUUCUGCCUCCAAUUAUUUUCCAUGCUGGCUACAGUUUAAAAAAGAGACACUUUUUCAGAAAUCUCGGGUCUAUUCUGGCUUAUGCUUUCUUGGGGACUGCCGUUUCCUGCUUCAUUAUUGGAAAUCUUAUGUAUGGCGUGGUGAAGCUCAUGAAGAUUGUGGGACAGCUCUCGGAUAAAUUUUACUACACAGAUUGUCUCUUUUUUGGAGCAAUUAUCUCGGCCACUGACCCAGUGACCGUACUGGCAAUAUUUAACGAACUGCAUGCAGAUGUGGACCUUUAUGCACUUCUGUUUGGAGAAAGUGUCCUAAAUGAUGCUGUUGCCAUUGUCCUGUCCUCGUCUAUAGUUGCCUACCAGCCAGCAGGGCUGAACACUCAUGCCUUUGAUGCUGCUGCCUUUUUUAAAUCAGUGGGCAUUUUUCUAGGUAUAUUUAGUGGCUCUUUUACCAUGGGAGCCGUGACAGGCGUUGUGACUGCUCUGGUGACCAAGUUUACCAAGCUGCACUGCUUCCCCCUGCUGGAGACCGCACUUUUCUUCCUGAUGUCAUGGAGCACGUUCCUGUUGGCGGAAGCCUGCGGGUUUACAGGUGUUGUGGCGGUCCUUUUCUGUGGAAUCACACAGGCUCAUUACACCUACAACAAUCUGUCGGUGGAAUCAAGAAGUCGAACAAAGCAGCUCUUUGAGGUGUUACACUUUCUGGCCGAGAACUUCAUCUUCUCCUACAUGGGCCUGGCGCUGUUUACCUUCCAGAAGCAUGUUUUCAGCCCUGUUUUCAUCAUUGGAGCUUUUGUUGCCAUCUUUCUGGGCAGAGCUGCACACAUCUACCCGCUCUCCUUCUUCCUCAACUUGGGCAGAAGGCAUAAGAUUGGCUGGAACUUUCAACACAUGAUGAUGUUUUCAGGCCUCAGGGGGGCAAUGGCAUUUGCACUGGCCAUCCGAGACACAGCAUCCUAUGCUCGCCAGAUGAUGUUCACGACCACCCUCCUCAUCGUCUUCUUCACUGUCUGGGUCAUUGGCGGAGGCACAACACCCAUGUUGUCAUGGCUUAACAUAAGAGUUGGCGUCGAGGAGCCCUCCGAAGAGGACCAGAACGAACACCGCUGGCAGUACUUCAGAGUUGGCGUCGACCCAGAUCAAGACCCACCACCCAACAAUGACAGCUUUCAAGUCUUACAAGGGGAUGGACCAGAUUCUGCCAGAGGAAACCGGACAAAGCAGGAGAGUGCGUGGCUCUUCCGGCUGUGGUACAGCUUUGACCAUAAUUACUUGAAGCCCAUCCUCACACACAGUGGCCCCCCAUUAACUACCACGCUCCCAGCCUGGUGUGGCCUGCUUGCUCGGUGUCUGACCAGUCCUCAGGUGUAUGACAACCAAGAGCCGCUGAGAGAGGAAGACUCGGAUUUCAUCCUGACCGAGGGCGACCUCACCCUGACCUACGGGGGGGACAGCACAGUGACUGCAAAUGGCUCCUCGGGCUCCCACACAGCCUCCACAAGCCUCGAGGGCAGUCGGAGAACAAAGAGCAGCUCCGAGGAGGUGCUGGACCGAGCCCUGGGAAUGGGAGACCAGCCGGUGUCUAGCCGGGGCACACGCCUGGUGUUCCCCCUGGAGGACAACGCGUGACUCUCCCCCCAGGGCCUGCAGCGAUGAGGCGGCCCACAUGUGCAGUGAGGAGGCCGCAAGCCCCAUGGUUGUUUGAGAUGGGGCACUGACUGAGUGGAACUUGAUGCUUCUAUCUUCCUGAGGUCUGAAGCUAUCUUAACAUUUAAAAUUUAACCCAAGAUGCAGAUGAUGGGGCUUAUAUGUCUCUAACUCAAGACAAAUGCAGACCUAAUUCCUACUUUUUCACGUAGUAGUGUGCUGUUCAGAGUCAAACAAACAAAUAGCAUGCUUUAACGGUCUAACUCAUUCACCUGCAGUAUCUGAGCAAGGUGUGGCAGGCAUGGGGAAUCCUCCCAGGAGAGGCUUCCAAUCGAUACACAGCAGUGCCAGCCCAGCUGGCUGCAGGAAUAGCAAGGUAGGGGAGAGCAGGCUGGAAGAACGAUCAAGAAGGAGGCAGCUGAGAUUGGACCUCCAAAGAUCACGGGAAGCCGGUGGUCAAUGGGACAGAACUCACGAAGAUGCAAUUUGAGCGGAGGCCCUAGCACAGAGGAUGGUAGGACCACGAUCUCAUUUCAGGCUUCUGGACCCCUUUCGCCACCUGGGUUUCCAGGAGGCUGAAGAUUGGAACUAUAUCCGUGAACAUUUCAACAUGGGGAAAGAAUUAGCAUUCCUUCUCUGGAAAUCUCCAGAAAGAAGUAGCUACUGAAAUGUUUAAAACCAAAGGCAAAAGCGUGUUAUGCUGUUGGGCUUUUAAAAUUAAUCUGAGGACAGGAGAAACUGUUUAGAAACUAAUGGCAAAAAUCAGUCAAUUCUUCAGGGCUACCACAUGAGUGAGCUGCCUGGCAAUCGAUUCAUAGGACCGAGAUUUCUACUGUGGGUUUAGAAAUAACACCAAGAUUUGUGGGAUGCUUCUAUCGGGAUGAGAGAGCAGCAAGGAGCCUAGGAGGCAAUAGGCUAGUAUCCAGAUGGGGAAAAACACCACACUGCAAAAAAUAUUGACUGCAAAACACAAAAUACAAGCUCUUGUUCUAAGGACCGAGUAGAAUUCCAAACUUUGAUACUAAAUGCAUGGGAUUUCAGUGGCCAUGUGAGGAAUGAGAGGCAAGUCAAUGGAAAAUUAAGCGUUAUUCAAUCCCGUGGAAGGUUCCGCCUACUGUAAGAUAAAGAAUCCAGAUGUCUUGACACUGAGUGCCAUGUAGAGAAGGGUCAUUUUCUUGGUAUCUGGGGAGGCUCGCACCAGCUUAAUGUGUGAGCAUGGUUUGAAAUUUAGGUUUUUAGUUUGGCUUCUUUGUGGGUGAACUGUACUACCUGCCCACACUUGGGGCCUCCCAGGUAAAAUACUGAGGGAGCCCUUGGAAACCAAGUUUGGGAUUCUCACUGUGUCUCUGCUUCAGUGCUAGUAUAUGUGACAACCCAAUCUAUAAAAAAAAUUGCUUUCAUAAAAUGUGGGCAUUUUUCUUAUUGUGGCAGACAAAAUUGUGGCCCAGUCGAGUGCAUCCAUAAAUGAAACCAGCCAUUUAAUCUUCUUAACUCACAUUUUUAAUGGUUAAUAUUUAGAUAAGACAUUAUUAUACUUUGCUUUUUGAAUUGAUGAUUUGUGCAAAAUGGGCAAAUAUUAAGUUCAGCCAUAUGAAAUUGCUGAUAUUUAACCAUUUUUGAAAAAAUAGAAAUGGCAAUUUCAUAUGGUUUGAUAUGAUAUAAUUAAAUGAUUUGUAUUCCCCUCUUUCCUUUCUAUGUAUCCUAAAGUCCAUUUUUAUUUUAUCAUGGGCAUCCAUGGGCUUUGUAAGCUUGAAAAGUGAGCUAAACAACAUAUCUCACCCUGUAGGGCUCAGAAUUACCUAGGCUAGUCAGGGACUUGAGAAAAUCUCUGAUCCCAAGCCAGAGAAACAGCUUUUUUAGAGAGCCCCUGGCAUGUCGUGGGGUCAGAGUGCAGAGAGCGACUCCCAGGCUUGGCAGAAGGCUGGAGAUGUGCACAUGUGCCUGUGCCCAGAACCCGCAUAGGCUUUAUUCAGUACAGUUACCUCAGUAAUGACCAGUCAUGCCUGUAAACUUGAAAGGUGAGGCGUGUGUGUGUGUGUGUGUGUGUGUGUGUGUGUGUGUGUGUGUGAUUUGCAGAGAUGGAGGGAUAGGCUGGUCAGCUCUUUGGUUGGGUCUUUAUAAAACCUUGUUUCUCUCUUGUGUUGCUUACUUAUUUAAUUUUGGAGGGAAAAAGCUAACAGGAAAACCCCGAUAGGGUUCUUGAAAAAGAGCCAACCAGGUAGGACCCAUCCUCUCCUCAUUAAAGUCGAGGCUUUGUUGGCAUUUUGGCUUUCCAAGAAGCUUUUGUCAAAUUAAUAAGAAAUACCUUCGUGAGGGGGGUAAAUAACCAGAGUUCUCCAUCCUAGUCCUAAAUCAAUACAUAGAUUGUUGUGUUUUCACCAAAAGGUCUUGUAGUCUUGACUCCAAACGUUUUAUUCGGACCUACUUUAAGUAAAUGGAGAUUUGCCAAGAUCACAAUUUUGCUAGUGUUGUAGUUAUUUGGUUGGAUUUUUUACUCAGUGGAUAGGAGUAAGUCACUGACAUAUGAUCCUAAUUUUUGUUUCCAAGAUAUGAAGAAUAAUCCUGACCUUACCAGAGAUGCUAGGAAAUGAGUCCAUUCAUCAAAAUAUUUCCAUCUCUAGAAGCUUUAUACCUAUGCUGAAUGGGGAAAAGUAGGUGCCAUGAAGCCCCCAAACCAUCUAACUCAAGGCCAACUGUCUGCUGCCAAUCUGGCAUAAAUCCGAUUGAAACUGCUAAGUGCCUCAGAUUUAACAUCUUAUAAACAUAUUUGUUCUGGGUUGGAGGGGUUGAUGUUGGUUCAGCAGAGCUAGCUGUUCUAGAGGACAAGUCCUCAAUCCUGGCUGUGCAUUAGGAUUGCCUGGCUGGUUUUUUAAAAAUACCAGUGUAAGGGCCCAAUGUUCAGAGCUUCACAUUCAGUAGGUUUAGAGUAGGGCCUGGCUUCAAGUGCUUUAUUGAGGAUCUUCAGGGAUUCUAGUGUGCAGCCAGGGUCAGGAGGCUUUUAGUCCACAACCUGGAGUGGACCCUAUUUGGAACCUUGAAGAAUAGCCUAGCAAAUUAAGUUUCCUUUAAUCAUUAGUCCUGUGGAACAAUCUGAGUGAUGACCAAUUAAUAUAGUUUGGACAGCUGUGAAAGAGUUUCAUGCAAAUAAUCUUUGCAGAACUCCAGAACAUACACCAUAAAGGACAACUGAAAAUGUCACACUUGAGCCACCUUAGUGCAUAAAAGGGAGAGAAGGGUGACUUGAGUGGAUGUGUUGGGUGGGUGAGUGGGGAUUAAAAACCUGUCCUCUUGGCCGCUCUUUUAUGGAAAGAAAGAGGCUUGGUCUUAACUGAGCAGCUAUCAAGUGUGAAGGUUUUGGAGAAGCUUGUCGUUUUAACAUAACCCAGGAUGAAAUGGAGUCCCCUUUGCGAGUCAAGUCAGCUUUCUUUCUCAUCACACGUAGCUUGUCCCCAGGUCUGAAUCCCUGCUGGACUCCUCAGGAUGGGGGUGGGCCCAUGUAACACCUGAGUGGAGGCCCCAGGUGAGUGGAAGCUUGUGACAACUUCCAGGUCACAAGGCAGCGGUGUUGGCAAACUUCCAGAUAGGGCCGGCAGAGGGGAGGGACAGACUCCAGUCAUUCCUCUUAAUACUCUCUUUUGGGACUACAAGGAGACCUGAACCUUGUCUCUUCGAGAAGGAAAUCUGCACUUUAGAUGAGGCUGCAAGAAUAGGAAGAAGGCAUAUGUGAUUAAAUGGACUCUGCCCAUCCGAGGUACUCACUGGGGCAGCUGAACAAGCAACUUGAUGCCCUGCAGCCAGGUCUCACACUGCAACAGCAAAUGUUUCAUCAGGCAAACAGCAAGGAACUUUCAGGCUGUGUUCUUGAGACCUGAAAAUGUCCUCUGUGGUUUGGUGAACAAAUUAAGUCUCUUUAGAAAAUGUGAAAAAAGUUCUCUCAGCUGUCCAUGAACAUUUCAGUCUAGGGCAAUUUCCUUCCAAAAUAGAGGGCUGUUUCAUGACACACACAUGCCCCCCUGUCCAGUUAUCUCUCUUUCUUUGCGGGGGAAGUCAAUGUCACCGUGUCAGAUACCUUAAUACGAGCAGAACAAUUUCUUUUAUAAAAAAGAUUUUAUUUGGGAAAGAGAAAGCAAGAGACAGUACAGGCAGGGAGAAGGGAGAAGCAGGCUCCCCGCUGAGUAGGGAGCCCAAAGAGGGGCUCAAUCCCAGGACCCUGGGACUCUGAGGCAGACACUUAACCAACUGAGUCACCCAGGUGUCCCUGAACAGAACAAUUUCUAAAUGUAGAAACACCAGUGAUGCACUGGUGGUGAGGCCACUGAGCCACUCAACGGAUGAGAGAAUCAUCGUCUUGAACACCUAGCUGGGUACCCAUGGUGAGUUCUUUUUUCCCCUGGUGAGUUCUAAGAGGCAUAUCACAAAGCUGAUUUUCCCAUCUGUUGUAAGAUGUAAUCUGGAACAAGGGCUUCUGGAAAGUCAGCUUGCUGAUUCAAUAAUAAUGUGACUUCUUAUUCCACUUCGGCAACAGGGAACUUGGCAGGUCUCAUGCACACCUCUUGAUGUUGAUGCUGCAGAUGAGUUAGUGUAGGAGUGAGCCUGUCACGUGCAUUCAAGUGGUAUCACUGAGUUCUGAUCUCUUAUGUUGGUCUUCAAGUGAAACUCUGGCCUACCAGUGUGAGAUGCUGUACUCUGCUACAGGAAGCUGAAGGAAGUCUAAUGGCCAAGAGUUAGCAACAACCCAUCUGAAUGCUGCUUUCGCUCUGGCACCUGAAGAGAAUUUCCACCUUUCUUAGACCCUAAUAAGGACAAUAUACAGAGAAAUGCUCCAGAAAGCAAUGCUAGUCACUAACAAGGAAAAGCAAGUAGGUUCUUUGACAAUCUUUUCAAAACCAGACCUGGAAAUAAACCCCUUUUCCCAGUUUCAACUUUUCUAAGUAGGGCUUUCUUUUUUCUUAACUAACAAACAUGUCACCUAGCAUGAGCAGAAAUUGUAAUGAACAAAACCAAAGUUUUUGAUGUUAGUUUUAUUUUUGUAAGCAGGGUAGAACCACGGCCCACAUGGAACACGUAGGCAGCCAGUCGUCUGCCACAUGAGCCUGGGAGAGGAUGAGAAGGAAGGUCUUCCUGUCCUGCUGCAUUUUGAAAAGCCCUGAGAGGCACAUGGAGACCCAAGAGAGGCUGCCUUCUAUUCAGGUGGCUGCCUUCUAAAAACGAUUAGCAGAAUUGCCAAAAUGUUAGGGUCAGUGGAAAAUUGCAGGGCCUGUGUAUGUUGAGGAAUUCAGAAAGAGGCUUGUAAACACCACAGAGCCCAGCACUUGCUGUCUGAAGCACUGAAAGAAGUGAAGACCCCCGUGCUACUGGGUGACGGUCCAACUGCCUGGACAUUUGGGGUGCACUUCAGUUGCGAUGAUGCCAGUCAUGGGCUUUGGGGAAGCAGAGGAAUGACUUCCCGUUGUGUGGGUGUUAAGUCUGUGGAUUUGGAAUGUAUCACUGAAAUCACUCGUUCGAAGAGUGACUUCACAGUAGGACCACCUCCUCCUAGGUUGUCUUAUCAUUUUUUACAUAAAACACACCUGGUCCUUCUUACUUAGGCAGUUUCACUGUGUCCGAUAAAAUGAUUAAAUGGGAAGGCCACCAAGAUUCAUUUAAUAGCCGAAGAGCAGUUUUUAAAAAUAGUAUAGGAUGAAUUUAACGUGAGAUGACAUGACCUUCCGGGGAACUUUUUAAGAGCUUACACAAUGUAAUUGGGGAGAAUUUUGUCUUCUAUUUCCAUUCAUCAGUAGCAAACCAGUGGUCUUACAAAGAUUAAUGUUAUAGUAUGUUAUAGAAAUAAACAUGAAAUAAAAGUAUGUUUAACUGUGAAAAAGUGAA